AUGGACUUUGUGUAUGGCCGAGACUUUCAUGACCAUCUGGCCAGUCACAACAAGGAGAAGAAGCAUGUGUGCACUGUCUGUGGCAACAGUUACGCAAGAAGGUCCAGUCUGCUACAGCACAGGAGACUGCAUGACCCAGAUGGACACAAAUGCUACAUAUUUGAGAAAUUCUUCCCAAAAGACGCCAGACUGAAAGAACACCAGGUUAUCCACUCUGGAGAAACUCAGCAUGUGUGUGAUGUAUGCCAGAAGAAGUUCAAGUACAAAAGGGGCUUGAUCACUCACAUGAGACAAUUGCAUCCACAAGGGGAUGAAAGACCAGCAAAGUGCACAGUUUGUUCGAAAGAGUUUAAGUGUGAACAGUACCUGAAGAGACACAUGUGCAGAUCCAUAUUCGCAGAACAACUAAAGUAUGCACAAUCCGAGAGGGCAGACAUUGUAACGAUGGAGAAGGCAGGAUACAAAGAUGUAAACCUGACCGAUGUCAUUCGUUUCUUUACCGGAGAUAACCCGGCACAGUGGGUGGAGAUGGGAGAGCAGCAUCAGGGGACAUACGGCUGCUCGGCAGGCUGCGGUGCCCCCAUAGAUCGCUUCACGGGCCUGGGCCCGGCAUCCUGGGGUAUUGUUUCCGCCUAG